AUGAAGUCCAAGCAGCCCAAAUGGAAAAAGUUUCACUGUCCGCCCAUGUCAGUCGCGCGCAAGGAGCAGAUCACGCACGAGGCCAACCGCGCGUGUGACGAGCUGCUGCGCUUCUCGGCGGGCGAAGCCUUUACCCGUCGUGCCAAUAGCGUCGACUCGAGCUUUCACAGCGACGAGGGCGACGACCAGGUCCAGGACGGUCUGAAGUGGGAGUACACGGAGCAGAUGGAGAGCAUCCGCGUGGAGAAGGUCAAGGUCAAGUCAGGCGCCAAGAAAGGCGACGACGGGGUCUACUACUUUCGAGGGAUCACGCAGGUCGAAGCGAGCGUCGAGGAGGUCAUGGAGCUGUACGAUAUUGACAUGGCGCAUCCGAACAUGCAGCUCGAGAAGAAACUUUCGCCGGACAUUCUGCACUCGGUGAUUCUCUAUGAAAUCCAGUCCUACCGACGCGAGGCGAGUACCGUGUUCAUCGGCAUCCGCUGGUCUGCGGUGCGGUCGCCCUACGUCAUGGUGCGCAAUCGAGACUACUGCUACCUCGAGAUCCAGCGUCGUUUCUCGCUACCGGACGGGCGGCGAGGCUUUACUCGAUGCCUGCAUUCUGUUAAGAUCAAGAGCUGCCCGGACAUGGAAAAGUCGCACGGGUUCGUGCGGGGCAGUAUGUACCGCUCGGGCAUUGUGUUCAUUGAGAGCAAACGCGACCGGAAAACGCUGGACAUUGUGCAAGCAGUGUACACGGAUCUCAAGGGCAAUGUCCCACAAUGGAUUGCGGCCAAAGGGCUGAGACAGCGCCUUAUGAGCUUGGAGCAUUUGAAGAAAUAUAUCAAUAUGAAGCGUGUGGCGAAUCAGACGUUUGUGCGUCGGAGCCAAUUGAUGGCACCCGGUCAGGUCAAGACGUGCUUUGUCUGUGUGGACGACAUCGGCACUUUCAAGAGGAGAUACAACUGUCAGAAAUGUGGCGAGGUCAUUUGCGGUCGAUGCAAGUUAAUUAUUAACGCAGACAUUCCGGUAGUGGGCAAGAUGAAGCUCACGAUAUGCAGCUUGUGCUCGCUGGCCAUAAACCGCAGCGCGCUGCCAAGCAACCACAACAACGUUGACAGUGGCGAAUUCGAUCACCGGCCGUUUUCAGCGAGACAUCAGCCCACUAUUCGGCACUACGACUGCGACGACGAAGUGCCGGAGCGCAAGCGCGCGCUGAGUCUAAAUUCAUUUCACACGGCCAACUUUGAGCAUACGUCGCUGCAGAGUUCAGUGCUGGUUCGGGAGUUCUAG